AGAGGGGCGAUAAAGACUUCUACUGUAGAGCUGAAGUUCUUUAACGUUAGCCCUCUAUUCAAAGAUAUGCCCACGACUUCAAAGCAUUUGACCGGUCCAGCUGCGGCUCCACCUCACCUUCUGUCUCACUUCCCUUUACUCCGUACUGUACCUAGGACGGCAUUCUAUCUUUGCACCUGUCCCCUUUAUUACAGGUCAGAAAGACUGCGACUUGAGCCGUCAGGCUAUCUUUGUAUGCCUAUCCUCUUUUACACAUCGAAAGACGGCGCCUCAAAACGUCCACAUCUGUCGUAGCGGCCUUUCGUCUGCUUUUGGGUAAAUUCCUUUUUAUGGUGCAUCUCACUCGCGCCCAUUGUUCUGGCGGUGUAUCCAGCAACUACAAUGUCGAGCCCCGUGUCUGCUCCAACCCAAUGUGUCGGCCCUGAGUACCGCUCAGAGAGCCAAAAGCCCAUUGCGACAGUCUCAACACCGGUCGAUGUCGACACAGUCACCGUCCUCCCGCAGACGCCCCAGCUGAUCGCCCUGCUCUCAAUUAUUCGCAACAAGGAUACCCAGCGAGGCGACUUCAUUUUCUACUCAAACCGAAUCAUUCGUCUCUUAGUAGAGGAGGGUCUCAAUCACUUGCCCACCGUUGAGCAUACUGUGACUACCCCUGUCGGGCGCCCCUACGAGGGCCUGGCGUUCCAGGGCAAGAUAUGUGGUGUGUCAAUCAUGCGGGCCGGCGAGGCGAUGGAGCAGGGUUUGAGGGAGUGCUGCCGGUCAGUAAGGAUUGGCAAGAUACUGAUCCAGAGAGACGAGGAAACGGCCCGGCCUAAGCUCUUCUACGACAAACUCCCCGAGGACAUUGCCGACAGAUGGGUCUUGCUGCUUGACCCCAUGUUUGCGACAGGUGGCUCGGCCAUCAUGGCUGUCGACGUCCUCAAAUCGCGAGGAGUACCCGAGGAACGUAUCCUGUUCCUUAACGUCCUUGCAAGCCCAGAAGGUAUCCGGAAUUUUGCGGUCAAGCAUCCCAAGGUGCGAAUAGUGACCGCUUUUGUUGAUCCGGGACUGGAUGAGAAAAACUACAUCAUACCCGGUUUGGGUGAUUUUGGGGAUAGAUAUUAUACCCGGUGAAGCUUAGCGUUCCCAGAGUCCAGCCG